GUUGGAAGAGCCGAGGCGAGGGCGCCGAUCCCGUACUGCGAGGGGAGGCGGAGAGAUGGGGCAAUUGACUAUUGCUAACAAGUUAGCCUUGAUCGAGGAGUCAUCAAUUAUCUGCAGCGGCACUUCUGUCUCUUUCUUUCUCCGUCUUUUUCCUCUCUUCUUUCUCUCUGUUCUCUCCUCCCGUUCUCUCCCUCCCUCUCUCCCUCCCUCUUCUCUCUUCUCUGCUCCCCCCGUCUCUCUCCUUCGCUCCCUCUCCCUCGUCCUCUCUUUCACUCUCUGUCUGUCCAAUGCAGGCGGCUCUAAGUUGGGAAGCUCAUUAAUUAGCGGGCCUGGGGUAGGAGGAGCCGGCUGGAAUUAGCCUGCCUAAUGCGCCUGUCAGUCCGGGCACUGCGCCGCGCUCGGCCCGAGCUGUUUGUAAAUUACAUUAGCCGCGCCUUUAUUGCACCCGAACCUCCGGCGACUGAAAAGCCGCCGCCCCCACCCCAAACUGCGAGCCGCCCUCCCGGAGCACCCGCCUCCCGCCGGCCUGGCUGUGAUGGCAGCGCUGGCCCGGAGGUCUCGGGCUCUCCAACCCGGGAUUUUGCGCCCGAGAAGGGCGGCAAGAGCACAGCCGGGGAGGUAUGCAGCCGCCGCGCGGGCCAGUCUGUUCAUCUCUCCACACCUGAUACUGGUCUGCAAGACAGGAUCGCAAGGACAACCCUGCUCCUCCCAUCUCCCAGUCCCUCAGGAACAGCAGAAUUCAGGAUUAUUGUGAGGUUGCCAGGAAGACUCCCAUCCUAUUCUGAGCCCAGAAGCAGAGAGGAAGAACAGACAGAAGGAGGAGAGAGAUGGGCCAGUAGGAGUGGCAGGAAAUACACCUCUUCCCCAGUAGCCCAGGGGACUAUGAAGAGGAGGCAAGUGAGAUGGACUGAUGGCACCUGGACCCCAGACAGCUCCACCACUGCCCGGCAGUGUGUUCUUGGCUGAUGGGUUCCCAGGCAUUAGAAGCUUCUCCAGUCCUCACCACAUCUUGGUUUUACCGAAGAGGAAACUGAGGUUAAGACUGUGUCUUGCUGGUCAACUGCACAGGUGGGAUUCGAACCUGCCUCCGAUUAGGAGGCGCUCCUAAAUUUGAGCCAGGCAGCCUCCCUUGGACUGGCAAAUCGAGCCCUCACAGGGCCGGCCACCACCUUCGCGAGGAGGGGUUGGGCUGAAUCGCUAAGCAUUCUUUUUUUGUGUGCCGGAAAAGCUUUGAAAUUUUUUUCAGGUAAACGAUUUUGGCCACUCCCCGGGAAGGAUGGAAAGGACACCCAGGGUGGGGGACCUCCAGCUUGUUGAGGGAGAGCCCCCUAAGAGCGGGACGGGGAGGGCAGCUCUUCUUCGAAGCAGAGCCCAGGUUGAAGCCUUCGCACCUGGAUUUUUCGAUUUUAUCCAUCUGCUCAGUCUGUCCUGUGUAGCCCACGUCUUCAGAAGACCAGGUCUUGGGGGGCGGAGGAUAAGGCACAAGGCCCACACCAGGGUACAGGUGUGGCCAGACGCCCGACUCUUUCACCCCUCCAGGGGCGCCUCUCUGAGGGAAGGUCCUCCUAGCGGCAGAGAAAUUGGCUGGGGGGAGUGGAGGGAGGCGGACGGGGACUGCUGGCUGGGCAAGGAAGGCUGGAAUCCAGGCUCCCCAGCCACCCCAUCCCAAGCUCCCGCUGCAAGGUCGCGGCAUGGCAGCCCCGACAGGCCACGCGUCCCUCGACACAAGUCCCAUUACAUUGUAUUUAUGUUUCACUUUGUUUUUUUUUUCUCCUCUCUCAUUAUUGUCUCACUCUGGGGGAGGCAAAAGAUAUA